GUGCCCUGGGCAGCCUCACCUCGCCCUCCUCUCCUCUCCCCAGCCCUGCGCCUGACAUGAGCCCUUGCGGGCCCCUCAACCUGAGCCUGGCGGGAGAGGCGACCACGUGUGCGGGGCCCGGGGCCCCCAACGCCUCGGCCGGGCCGCCGUCGGGCCUGGCGGGCGCGUCGCCGGCGCUGCCCAUCUUCUCCAUGACGCUGGGCGCCGUGUCCAACGUGCUGGCGCUGGCGCUGCUGGCGCAGGCCUCGGGCCGCCUGCGGCGCCGCCGCUCGGCCGCCACCUUCCUGCUGUUCGUCGCCAGCCUGCUGGCCACCGACCUGGCGGGCCACGUGAUCCCGGGCGCGCUGGUGCUGCGCCUGUACACGGCGGGCCCCGACAGCCGCCGUCACUGGGGGGCGCGCGGACCCCGCUCGGCCUCCGCCUCGUCGGCCUCGUCCGUCGCUUCGGCCUCCGGCGGCUCCCCGGGCCGCGGCUCAGCGCGCAGAGCCCGCGCCCACGACGUGGAAAUGGUGGGCCAGCUCGUGGGCAUCAUGGUGGUGUCGUGCAUCUGCUGGAGCCCGCUGCUGGUGCUGGUGGUGCUGGCUGUCGGGGGCUGGGGCCCCGGCUCCCUGCAGCGGCCGCUGUUUUUGGCCGUGCGCCUCGCCUCAUGGAACCAGAUCCUGGACCCCUGGGUGUACAUCCUGCUGCGCCAGGCCGUGCUGCGCCAGCUGCUCCGCCUCCUGCCCCUGAGGGCUGGCACCAAGGGCGGCCCCGCGGGGCCUGGCCCAACCAGGAGCGCCUGGGACGCCAGCUCGCUGCGCAGCUCCCGACACAGCAGUCUCAGCCACUUCUAGGCGCCCGGAGCCCCAGCGGCUAAGCCCACCACCCCGGGCCGGCCCGGGUCCGCAGCGCGGAGCCUUCAGGGAAUAAGGCCGUUUUGUGGACACGCCCAGGGCGGUGUGCGCC